AUGACCGAUGCGGUGCCAACCCCGUCGGAGUCCCAACCGACUGUAACAACCCUCGAGCAUCCUUACUAUGGGCUUUAUGGUCAUUAUUGGAAGGCCAGCAGGGAUGUGUCGCCAACCAAAUGGCUUUUAAAGAACAAGAAGCUCUGCGCUUGUGACGACCACCAGGCAAGCCAAUGGCCGAUGGACCAUGCAGUCAUUACGAUUCCUCCCUGCGCGUAUAAAUGUCCCUACUGCCCUAAGUUCGAUGCUCUCAGUACCACCGACCCUCAGGUGGUGAAGCUCCGCGUGCAUAUCAAACGCGACCACCUAGUGAGACUAUCAUCCCUGCACAACUUGCGACAACUAACAUAUAUCAGAAGAAAAUGCCGGAUGAAUUCCCUGGGCUCACUGUCACUCCAGGCAGGGUGA